AUGAAAAUUUUUGGCAGUGCACAUUCAUCUAUAAAAGAAUUAUCUGAAAGGGUGAAACAAUUAGCAAAGAAUUUAGUGUCACCCUUCUACAGAGCUAAAUCUGAGAAGUAUUGGAACUUCUAUAAAGAAUUUUGUAAGAAGUUUGACCUUGAUGUAGGAAACCCACUUGAAGAGGGUAAAGAGGAUUUUAGGAAAUCCUUAGCUAUAACACAAGUAUUAAGAGCAAGGAAAAAGAUUUCAGUUUCAGCAAUUGGCUCUGUAGUUAAAAGGUUUGCUGAACAUGUGGGCAUGAAUGACAAAUUUACAGCUUAUUCAUUGCAAAUUAGAGGAGCUACGGUAGCAAUGACUACAGGACUGGAAUCUCUAAAAAAAUGGAAGUAG